CCGGUAUUCGCGGUAGAGCCUCAGCCGAUGGCACGAGCUUUUCCUUUAGAAGUUUGGAAAUCCGAAUACCUACCACCAUACUAAUUUGUUCUUAAUAAUAUAAUACUCACUCCAUUUAACCUGAUAGAGGAUUUCCACAACGAUCAUCAUCAUCAUCAUAGGAACGCGUGCCCUGAUCCCAAACAAAAAGGCAUUUACGGUUUCUCGAUCAUUCUGUGCUCGGAUCUCGAGAACAGAUAACACAAAGACCAAGCCAUGGAUACUACCUCAGCUCAACGACGCAUUGAAGCCAUACACGGCCACUUUGUCGCCUCUGCCGAUUCUCCUUCCCAGCUCUGUACUAACUCCACCGCCGGCGAGUUCUUCUCUGAGCAGGGUUAUAGUGUUGUUCUUCCAGAAAAACUUCAGACGGGAAAGUGGAAUGUAUACCGGUCAGCUCAUUCCCCUUUGAAGCUUGUGACUAGAUUUCCCGAUCAUCCAGAAAUUGGUACACUACAUGAUAAUUUUGUUCACGCUGUUGAUACUUUUCGAGAUUACAAAUAUCUAGGCACACGAAUCCGGGUUGACGGAACUGUUGGAGAGUACAAAUGGAUGACAUAUGGAGAAGCAGGCACUGCUCGGACAGCAAUAGGUUCCAGUCUAAUUUACUAUGGAAUACCAAAGGGAUCUUCUGUUGGAUUGUAUUUUAUCAACAGACCAGAGUGGCUCAUUGUAGAUCAUGCCUGCUCAGCGUAUUCAUAUAUAUCUGUUCCUUUAUAUGAUACUCUUGGUCCAGAAGCUGUGAAGUAUAUUUCUAAUCAUGCUGUUGUUCAAGCAAUAUUUUGUGUUCCCCAGACACUGAAUUCUUUGCUGAGCUUCUUGUCUGAGAUUCCUACUGUACGUCUUAUUGUGGUUGUAGGCGGGAUUGAUGAACAAAUGCCAUCCCUUUCAUCAUCAACUGGAGUUCAUGUUGUAACGUAUUCAAAAUUACUUAAUCAGGGCCGUAGUAAUGUUCAGCCCUUUUGCCCACCAAAACCUGACGAUGUUGCUACCAUUUGCUACACAAGCGGUACAACUGGGACUCCCAAGGGAGCUGUAUUGUCCCAUGGGAACAUGAUUGCAAAUGUUGCUGGCGCCAGUUUUGUUAUGAAAUAUAACUCAUCAGAUGUUUAUAUCUCUUAUCUUCCUUUGGCACACAUUUACGAAAGGGCGAAUCAGGUCGCGUUAGCAUAUUCUGGGGUUGCUGUUGGUUUCUACCAAGGGGAUAAUUUGAAGCUAAUGGAUGAUAUGGCUGCUCUGAGACCCACCCUAUUCUGCAGUGUACCUAGACUGUAUAAUAGAAUAUAUGCAGGCAUUAUGAAUGCUGUAAAGACUUCUGGGGGACUACGAGAGAGGUUAUUUAAUUCAGCCUACAAUGCUAAGAAGAAUGCUAUGUUGAAUGGUAAGAAUCCAUCCCCAAUGUGGGACAGAUUGGUGUUCAAUAAAAUAAAGGCAAGACUUGGAGGACGCGUUCGUUUCAUUGCUUCUGGUGCUUCACCUUUGUCUCCUGAUGUGAUGGAUUUUUUGAAGAUUUGCUUUGGUGGACUAGUACUGGAAGGAUAUGGAAUGACAGAGACUUCAUGUCUUAUAAGUUCUAUUGAUGGGGGAGACAACCUAUCUGGUCAUGUGGGCUCUCCUAAUCCUGCUUGUGAAAUAAAGCUUGUAGAUGUACCCGAAAUGAACUAUACAUCUGAGGAUAAGCCAUAUCCUCGUGGCGAAAUCUGUGUUAGGGGUCCCAUUGUUUUCCUAGGAUAUUAUAAAGAUGAAGCGCAGACGAGGGAAGUAAUUGAUGAAGACGAAUGGCUUCAUACUGGAGACAUAGGGCUCUGGCUACCCGGAGGUCGUCUGAAGAUUAUUGAUAGAAAGAAGAACAUUUUCAAGUUGGCGCAAGGGGAGUACAUAGCUCCAGAGAAAAUUGAGAAUGUUUAUGCUAAAUGCAAAUUUAUUGCCCAGUGCUUCAUAUAUGGUGACAGCCUCAAUUCUUCUUUGGUAGCUAUUGUUUCAGUGGACCACGAUGUGCUGAAAGCCUGGGCGGCAUCGGAAGGUAUCAAGAGCACAAAUUUGGAACAACUUUGCAGUGACCCAAGAGCAAGGGCAGCUGUCUUGGCUGAUAUGGAUGCCAUUGGUCGAGAAGCGCAGCUGCGAGGCUUUGAAUUUGCAAAAGCCGUUACUUUGGUGCCGGAGCCCUUUACUCUGGAAAAUGGUCUUCUCACGCCAACAAUGAAGGUUAAGAGACCUCAAGCAAAGGAAUACUUUGCAAAAGCCAUAUCGAACAUGUACGCUGAGCUGUCGACAUCAGAUCCUUCUGCCCAGAAGGUACUGUGAAAUCAAGUUUUAGUAUUCAGAAAAGCAUCGACAAAGUUCAGAUGCUGCAAUUCAGCAUCGUUCUAUUGGUAACGAGAACACUGGAUUUGACAUAGUAAGGCUUGGAGCUGUCCUUCAUUUAAAGCAUAACAUUGUUUGCGGUUUGUUUCUUCGGGAAUAAACUCAUAAUAAUUUUGAUUAUUUGAAGUUUUCCUCCGAGAAUCACUGAUAUAUUAGUAUCAUCUAAGAAGAAAAUGCUAGUCUUCUUAAUAAAUUGCAUAACCAUUGCCUUUUAUUUUAGCUAUGAGUAAAAAAGUGUGAGAGUUUUACAUUA